AUGUUGCAUGACCUCUGCGGCAUACUUAUGAGAUUCCGCACUCACAAUAUUGCUAUUGUGGCGGAUAUUGAGAAAGCUUUCCUUCAAGUAGGACUUCAGCCAGAUCAGCGAGAUGCAACUAGAUUCAUUUGGCUAAAAGACUGUGAAAAUCCCAGCACAGGAGGUGACAACUUGCAAGAAUACCGUUUUUGUCGUGUUCCGUUUGGGAUUAUUUCAAGCCCUUUCAUUCUUGGAGCUACAAUAGAGUGUCACUUAGACAAAUAUGACAAUGACAUCGCAAACAAGCUUAAGAAUGACAUAUACGUUGACAAUGUCAUAACAGGCACACAUACAGAAAGUGAAGGGGUCGAGCUUUAUACAUCAUCAAAAGCCAUGUUCCAUGACGCUGCCAUGAAUCUUCGAGAAUGGUCAACAAAUAGUAAUUUUGUCAACAGUGUGAUUCCCGAUACAGACAAGGCCAAGUCUGAGUGUAUCAAGGUUCUUGGCCACACGUGGAACACUAAAAAUGACACUCUGACACUAAAAGAAUCUCCAGUGUUAAAUGACACUGCGAAUCCAACCAAACGGAAGGUACUGAGACAGCUAGCGUCCGUUUACGAUCCGCUGGGAUUUUUCACCCCAGUGCUUUUGAGGGGGAAGGUGCUCAUGCAAAGUCUUUGGAGCAAACAUCUAGACUGGGACGACAACUUACCAUCAGAUGACGUCAUACUUUGGGAUACAAUAAGACAGGAGUUGGCCAAAAUUCCAAACGUUGCCAUACCAAGGUGCAUCGCUCAGGUUGGUUGUGAAAAAUCGUCAUACAAGCUAUUUUGUUUCUGCGACGCAUCAGAAAAGGCAUAUGCAGUUGCUAUAUACCUGCAUCAAACAGGUGUCAAUGAGUCAAGGUGUGACCUUAUCUUCGCAAAGUCUCGACUUGCACCGACAAAACAGAUGUCGAUUCCCAGAUUGGAGCUCAUGGCGGUUGUAAUUGGGGUCAGAUGUAUCAAGUUUGUGAAGGACAAUUUGAAUUUGCCAGUUGAUCAUAUUCAUCUUUGGACUGACUCCCAGUGCGUUCUUCACUGGAUCACUUCAGAAAACGUGUCUUCUGUGUUCGUAGCAAACCGAGUGAAAGAAAUCAAACGGCAGUCGUCAAUCAGCUUUCAUCACAUACCUUCAUCUGAAAACCCUGCAGAUAUCGCCACAAGAGGCGCAUCUGUACAUCAGUUGAAGGAGCUGACACUGUGGUGGCAUGGACCAGAGUGGCUGACACAACAAGGUUAUAACUGGCAGAUAGAGCCGAGCUCUGAGAAAGACCUCGACGAAGACUUGAUCAGAAAGUCUGAAGAAGACAAAAAGUUGCAUAAAAAACAAUCAGCUGAACAUGUUCUUGAAGGAGCAGAAAAUUCAGAUAAGAAGCUCAAAGGAGCAUCUCCUGACGGAGCAUAUACACAAACGGAGUUACCCCCCUUUGAAAUCGAAAGUGAAAAGUACUCGUCAGCUACAAAGUUAGUUCGAGUUACUGCUUUUGCACUUCGAUUUAUCAGCAAACUUCGAAACAAGUCAGCUGAACGUGGGGUGUUAACAAAACAGGAACUGGACCGCGCCGAACACCUGUGGAUUACAUAUGUUCAGCAAAAGUGCUUCAGAGACACUUUUGUAGCAAUCUCUGAACAGAAACCAAACAACUUGCAGAGACAAUUGGGUCUAUAUGUAGAUCCAAAUGGAUUACUCAGGUGUAGGGGACGGUUAGAAAAUGCCAAUCUAAGUGAAGCUGCCAGGUACCCUAUUCUUUUGCCAAAGGGUGAACGACUCACACACAUGAUGAUAGACAAAAUGCACAAAGAAACUUUGCAUAGUGGAGUAUCACAAACCUUAAGCAGGGUUCGCUUUAGAUUUUGGAUACCUAGCGGACGCACUACCAUAAAGGGCGUUAUACGACGGUGUCUUGUGUGCAGGCGCAACGAGGGCGGAGCUUACAAAAUGCCACCGAUGGCUCCGCUGCCAAUGUCACGAGUGACCGAGUCAUCUCCUUUUUCAAAGGUUGGCUUAGACUAUCUGGGUCCGCUAUAUAUAAAAGGAGCAGACGGAACAAGCAAAGUCUGGAUAUGUUUGUUCACAUGUCUUGUUACUCGAGCGAUUCACUUAGAACUUGUGCAGAACAUGUCCACAGAACAAUUUUUGAUGUGUCUGCGUCGAUUUAUUGCCUCAAGGGGAAAACAGGAAGUAGUUUUUAGUGACAAUGCACUCCAGUUUAAGCUGGCCAGUGAGACCGUGGACAUCAUAUGGAAAAAUAUCUUGAAAACUGAAGACGUACAAGACUAUGCCUCACAAAACGGUAUACAUUGGAUAUUUAACAUAGAGCUAGCACCAUGGAUGGGUGGCUUUUAUGAAAGGCUUGUGGGCCUUGUCAAACGGUCACUGAGAAAAACCAUCGGCCGAAAUCUUCUCACAGAAAUGCAAAUGCAAACAUUGAUCAAAGAAAUCGAGUCAGUUAUAAACACAAGGCCACUCACGUACGUUGGCGACGACGUCAAUUCAAUGAUUACGUUAACGCCAUCGAGUUUUUUGACGUUGAAUCCAAAAAUUGGAAUACCAAGUGUAGAUGUUGACAGUGACACGGAUUAUACACCGUAUGAAAGCUCUGCGCAAAAGCUCCUCCAAAUAUGGAAAAAAGGGCAAAAGCUCCUUAAUUCAUUUUGGAAGAUGUGGAGAGAAGACUAUCUGCUUAGCCUCCGGGAACGAACUCAAACAAAGCUCAAAUCUCAUAGAAUACAGUCACACUUCUUACCAAGGGUAGGUGACGUAGUUCUUAUAAAGGACGAUGUUCCCCGAGGAUGUUGGAAAUUUGGAAAGAUUAAGGAUCUUAUCAAGAGCUGUGAUGGUCAAACCAGGUCUGCUAAAGUACAGACUCACACAGGGCGUGUCAUAGGUCGACCCCUUAACUUACUAUACCCAAUAGAAGUAUCGGGGAACGUCGAUGCUAGACACGACUCAUACACGCCAGAGUCAUCGGACCGGUGUUUGAGACCCAAACGACCAGCCGCCGAACAAGCGAAAGAGACGGACAUUAAGCCAGGUGUUGGAUCUGAGGAAGCGGUUAUUGACGACGAAAUGUCAAUCAAUAGGAUGUAUGAUGAGGCCGGAUGUGAGCUACAACGGAUUCGUGAGACAGACACUGGAAUCAGCGGAAACGCCGACGUAACGGACACUUACGAUUCAGACGUCACCGUUACUGAUGACGUUAUUACCUUAAACGCCGUCGAAUGUGAUGAAGUUACAGCUGGUUCCGACGCUAUGGGUACAGAUACAUCAGUGGACAGUAUUACAAAAGACGUCACCGACGCUGACAGUCACGUCAGCAACGUCGACGACGUUUAUUCAGCGCACAGCGACGGCGACGAAAUUCCUCCGUCCACAAGCAACGAUGAUGCCACCGACGACGACGCUUCCGUGUUCAACGCCACCGACGACGACGCUUCCGUGUUCAACGCCACCGACGACGACUCUUCCGUGUUCAACGCCCCCAACGACAAUAUAGACGAUAAUAUUACCGAAGAGCAUGAAUAUAUAAACGUUACAUUAAGAACAACCACCAGAUACGUCAACGGAGUAUAUGAUAGUGUGGACAGAGUUGUCUCCCUGGGGUAUUCAGACAAUUUUAAUCCAGAUUCAGUUGACCCGUUGACAGUCUUUAGACGUGUUCAGGAAGAGUUUAUGAAUUACGUUUCACAGCAUAAUCAGUGA